CAAGUUUCGGCGCAGCACCACCCAAGAUGACGGACAGCAGGCGCAAGCGGAGUGUUGGCGUGCUUUCCACGGUGCCAGAGAUGGCGCGACGUGGAAAGCAAGGGCUGUUGCUCGUGGACGAUGGCAAGCAAGGCGUUUCGCAAAUUGUGGGGUGCAUUUCAGUUAAUGAGCCAGGAUCAAGCAAGGACGUUCGCCUCGCCGUCACACGCGCACAGGCCUUCUUUCCUCCCUAUUUGCACGUUGGUGGUGUAUUCGCAGCAUCCUUGGACAAGGCACAGGAGCUUUCACGCCACCUGAAGCCGGCGACACGCAGGUUUCUGCUGGUGGUGGAAACAAGCACUAGUGUGGAUAUUUUCGAUACAACGACUCCCUCAGCGAAUGACACUGCACCCGCCAAGAUCACAUCUGUCCAUUGGCAAGAGCCUGCACCAGCCCUGCAUCAGCUGCACGCGAGCGAAUCAGCGUUCUUCGUUCGCGUCUCCACUACCUUCACGUCCAUCCACCAAGGCGGUGCCGAGUUUGUUUCAGAUAUUCGAUCUCAGAUGGACGCCUUCAAGUCGCGCAUCAGCGGCGAUGAUGUCCUCGUGUUUGUGCCGCGGCUGCAGCAGUUGACGUCCUGGUCGCAGCGCUCCGACACGUGUGAUCGCAUCAGCACCGAGGAGGUUGCGGUGCGGGCUGCGCUGUCGGACUUUGCAGAUGUACUGCUGCCGGGCGGAAAAUCAGCAAAGGCCAAGGGAAAGAGCAAGGCGCCAAGCACCAAGAAGCAGAGAGUGCCUGGUGUAAUUGAGGCGCACGUGUCAUUUGCGCACGCACACGCGAGGGACGCCACAUCCACGCCAGCAGCAGCACCAGUGCUCGCUUUCCAAAAGGGGAAGGUGUCCACCGUUGUCGUGGACGUGUCAGUCCUCGCGCGUGCCGCUCCAACAGAUUGCAUCACGACGCUUCGCGAACAGACAAUCACGUCAGUGUGCGCAAAACUGGACGUUAUUGCUGAUCUUCUUAUCACACACAGCGACGCCAGGCGGGUGGUGUGCCGGCACUUCAGUCCGCCACCGCUGUCCUCUCCCGUCUGGAUCCCGCUCGCCACCGACGAGGACACCAAUACCGACGAUGAUGAUGCGUCCUUGGAUCGCGCCACAGAGCCCCAGCGGCGUGCGCUGCUUUCGCUGCUCUGCCUGCACGAGAACCGCCCCUACUUGCGCUCCACCAACGCCUGUGACGUCAUGGGCGAAUUGCCCAAAGAUCCAGCGGGACGACCCCGCGACCCGCACCUCUCCAUCCGUUACUCGCCAGAGGGCAAGCUUUACAUGGUUGACGGCCACUACGACUACUACCACUACAUGCAGGACAAGUUUGAUGACGACCAAUGGGGCUGCGCGUACCGCUCGUGCCAGACCAUAUGCAGCUGGUACCGCCUACAGGGCUACUCCGCACGGCCCAUCCCCUCCCACCACGACAUCCAGGAGACGCUGGUUGCUGUUGGCGAUAAACCAGCCUCGUUUGUCGGUUCCCGCACGUGGAUUGGAUCGCAGGAAAUCUUCCUGUUUGUCAACAAGUGGUUUGAGGCGGAUUUCGAGGCGGAGUCCCGAUUUAUCUUCAACGUCACGGGCGAAGAUCUGCCGACGAAAGCGCGCGAGCUUGCGCUGCACUUUGAGCGGACGGGCUCGCCGGUGAUGAUUGGAGGAUCAAACCUCGCCCACACCAUCAUUGGCAUCGACUGGCAGGAACAGCUUGGCAGAGUCAGGUGGCUCGUGCUUGAUCCCCAUUACACCGGCAAGGACGACCUCGGCGUGAUUCACAAGCAAGGGUGGUGCGCGUGGAAAGACUCGUCGUUCUGGAACAAGCGCGCAACGUACAAUCUGCUCCUCCCAGGUCGACCCGCCCUCGUCUGAACAAGCACAUCUCACGCCCCACCGCUCACGGUGCUCUGUUCGUUUAGUCCGUUCGUUCGUUGUUUCAUUCACCCAAGCGUUUGGUCAGUCGUUCAUGAGCUCAGGCACUUGUGCGUUCGAUGCACUGCUGCCGUUGCGAUGAAUGCACACACGACACGUUGGCGGGUAACAUACGCACAAGCAAAGAACAACGUGAAGAUGAAAAGAAACGAGUGGAGAAAAAGG